AUGCGUGUCAUUGCUCUCGCAUCCGCAUUGCUGGGCGCGGCGUCUGUCGUCCGCGCCAAGGCAAGAACAGCAAAUAUCUACAUCCAGCCCUUCGGCUCGAGUUCGUCCCCGGUCCUGCUCGCCGGGCUCACCUACGACAGCAGCGCGCCAGACACCGCCAGCGGCGCGUCAGUGACAUCCUACGAAGCCCCUGAGCUGCCAGAAUCCACCGACCUUGUCCGGAUCGGCAUCUACGACGCAAAUCAGAAGAAAUGGGCGGGCUCGACCAGCGUGGCAAGCGCGGAGAACUUCGGGAAGGGGUACUCGCCGCACUUUGUGCUGUCGGUUGACGGCACGUCGGGCGAGGAGGUUGUCCUGGGGGCGAGUGUGAGGGGCGUGAGGAUAGAUGCCGGGCAGACGCGGGACUUUGGACCUCAGGCCAGCUUGCUUUUGACGAGCAGGGGCAAGCAGCCGGACCUGAACAAGCCCAUCGUGUUGAGUCCGGAGGGGAAGAAGGUCGAGAAGGAGGAAAAGACUUUCCUGCAGAAAUACUGGUGGAUGAUUGCCAUCGCGUUGCUAAUAGCUAUGGGCGGUGGUGGCGGCGAGGGCAAAUAG